UUCCCUCACCAAGAUGGCGGCCGAGUGUGGCCCUUCUCUGGAGAGCGACCUCCAUCGCGAGCUGACCUGCUCCGUCUGCCUGGAACUCUUCCGCGAGCCCGUGGCCCUCGGCUGCGGCCACAACUUCUGCCAGGGCUGCAUCCUGCACGUUUGGGAGAGCCGAGAGCGGCAGCGGCGGCGGGCAGCCCCGGGGAGAGGGGGAAGGGCCAACGGCCGGGGGCGAGGCGCCCCGAGCCCAGCGGCAGGGGCUGGCAGCAGCUUCUCCUGUCCCGAGUGCCGGCAGAUUUUCUCCGAUAAAAACUUCACCAAGAACUUCUUGGCCGCCAACCUGGUCGAGAAGCUGCAGGAAGCCAAGUGCGUCUCAGGCUCUCGGGCCUGUUUGGCCCAGAGGAGGUAUGAGAAGCACCAGAAGCCCUUGACUUUGUACUGCGCGACCGACCAGAGGAUCCUCUGCGACUUAUGCAGGUUGUCAAAAACUCACAGGAGUUGUGAUAUUCUUCUUGCCCAUGAAUUAACUGAUGAAUUCCUGAUGAGGAAAAAAGAGCUCAAGGCAAAAAUUCGGGAAGAGUUUGCCAGACUGAUCGAGUUUCUGAUUGAAGAGAGGGAGAUAUUUUUACUGCAGCUGGACGAGGUGGAGCGGGCGGCGAUUGACCAAGUGGAGGCCGAGCGGCUGGACCUGGGAGCCACCAUUUUGGAACUGGAGCAGUCCAUAGCUGACAUCAAGAGCAAAUUAAACCACUCCGUGCCUCUGGAGGAGGGCAGUGGAAAUGCUUUAGGGAUGUCCAAAGCAACUCUGGAGAGGUCAGACAUCCCCACUGACUCUCCUGAUCGAUCAAAAUGGCGAAAGCUGAUUCGGGAAGGCACCGAUCACAUCGGGAGACCUUGUCAGGAGCGUGCAGAGGUGAUUUGGGGUAUCAGUGGGAGUGCCCGACCCUCCAAGCACCUCCUGCCCCUCGUGACAGAGUCUGCAGAUCGCACCUUGGACUUAUCGCCCAUCUCCAGAACCCAUCGAACCAGAGUGGAAGCAGGGCCGGAGAACCUGUACUUCAACCCCAAAACCGCGCACCCCAGCCUGCGCUUCAGCGGUGACUACACGGCGGUGGAAUCCCGCGGACCCCCGGCGCCCGGUGUCCCACCCACCCCCGACAACCCCGAGAGGUUCAACCGCUUCCAGGCUGUGCUGGCCAGCGCCCACUUCGCCUCGGGCCGCCGCUACUGGGAGGUGGACGUGGGCGACGCCGCGGCCUGGCACCUGGGCAUCACCUGCGUCCACAGCCCCCGCAAGGGCUACGUCAAGCUGGCCCCCGCCAACGGCUAUUGGAGCAUCGGCCGACUGCUGGACUACUGGGUGAACGCCGGCCGGCGGCAGCCCCUGGACGUGGGCUCCGAGCUCUCCAAGGUGGGCGUCUACCUGGACUUCGACGCGGGGCGGGUCUCCUUCUAUGAUGCCUGUUGCAUGGCCCUCCUCUGCACCUUCAAGACCACCUUCCAUAGCCCCGUGGUGCCCUUCUUCAGCCCCAGCAGAGGAGUGGAUGGUGUCCUCCGGCUGUGCCACUUCUGACAGAGGUUUAUACCCCUCACUGGAAAC